AUGGUUUUUGGUAAUAUUAAUUAUCGGUUUAAGCAAGAUCAAUUGAGGUUUGAAGCUUCUGCUCUUCGUUCGGAUGAAGAUCCUAAUGAUAUUACUAAUCUUAACCUUAUGAAAGAUUCUUUGUCUAAGCUAAGUGAAACGCGUCUUCAGCAUAACACGAUGCUUAAACAAAAAGCUAGAAAUCAAUGGCUUGUGGAGGAUUCAAGCAAUUCUACUUUCUUUCAUAAUAGCAUUCGUAUUCGAAUGAGUGCUAAUACUAUUUAUGAAUGGGUAGAUGUUGCUGGUGCUACUAUUUUAGACUAUGACCAAUUUCGUGAUCAUGUUGUGCAAUAUUAUGAAGACAAGUUCAAUGCACAGGAGUUGGACUAUGAUUUUAGAUUAUUUGAUUAUGAUCAUCCUAGCAUUUCGGAUGAGGAGAGUCUUGCCAUGGACAAAAUUCCUUUCCAGGAUGAAAUCAAACAAGGUAUUCUUGCUACUAGGCUGAGCAACAUCUUGGAUAAUCUUGUUUCUGAGGAACAGGUAGCGUUUUUGAAAGCGCGUAAUAUCCAUGAAAAUAUUAGCUUGGCUUCUGAAAUGGUUAAUGAGCUUCACCUUAAGCGCAAAGAUGGUAAUAUUGGCCUCAAUCUUGAUAUUUCUCAGGCUUUUGAUACGGUGAGUUGGGCUUUUGUGUUGGAAGUUUUUCGUAGAUAUGGUUUCUCUGAGAAGUGGUGCUCUUGGAUACUUAAUAUCUUGAAUUCUGCUAGAAUCUAUAUUCUUUUGAAUCGCAGUCUAGAGGGUUAUUUCAAAAUUAAUAGAGGUUUCCGUCAAGGAGAUCCCCUUUCUCCUUUGAUUUUUGUCUUGAUUGAGGAUGUUCUUAGCAGAAAUAUUACCAAGCUUUUUCGUGAUAAGAAGAUGUCUCACAUGGUUACAAGAGGUGGUAUCUCUCCUACUCAUCUCUUCUUUGAUGAUGUCAUUAUGAUUUUUUGUAAAGGCAAUUUAAAAAGUCCUAAUAACCUUGUGGAUUUAUUGGGCAAGUACCAUACAGCUUCUGGUCAAACGGUUUGUAGGCAAAAGAGAAAAAUUUAUUAUGGAGGUGGUUCUUUGAGUAGGAGUACUAACCUUGCUAAUUACUUGGGGAUGACGGUUGCCACAUUUCCUGACAGAUAUUUGGGAGUUCAAAUUAUGCCAGGUACUGUCAGAUAUCGCCAUAUUUCUAAUGUGGUUGAAAAGAUAAAAUCUCAACUGGCCGGUUGGAAGGGUUUUUCUUUAGCUUUUAAUGAUCAUAUUGUGCUUGUUAAAUCUGUCAUUGCUAGUUAUUCUAAUCACAACAUGGCUAUUUAUAAAUGGAAGCGCAAAUUUAUUUUGCAAUGUGAAAGGGACAUAAGGAAUUUUAUUUGGACGGGUGAUUCUAAUGAGGAGGCCCUUGGCUUAACUCAUUUGUCUAUUAUGAAUGAUGCUCUUAUCAUGAAACUUUGGUGGAAUGUUCGUACUCCUAAGAAGAAAUGGGCUGGUUUUCUUCGUGCCAAUUGUUUUGGUAGGAAUGGUUGUAUCAAAGCUUAUGGUGUUAAAUCUUCUAUUCUUCCAGGUAUUAAGAAGUGCAUUGCUGAAAUUCUUAAUGAUUAUAACCUGGACAGAAACGUGAAGGUGAGUGCUAUUUGGACUGAUGGGCAUUGGAACAUUCCAACUGAGCAUUUGGACCGAAUGCUUGCUGAUGGUAUUGACGUCAAUCAGCUGCCUACUCCUUCUGGUGGAGAUGGCUCUCGGAUUUGGAUGCCGGACUAUAAAGGUGACUUCUCAGUUCAAUCUUCCAAGGAACUGAUUCGUCAGAAGUAUGCAAAGUUUGAUGGUGCUACUCUUUUAUGGCUAAAGGAAAUUCACCCUACUCUUGCUGCUCAAAAUUGGAAAUUUUUGCAUGGUGCUUGUGCUACUUAUGAUGUGAUUAAACGCAGGUUUAAAAUUAAUCUUGCAAGUCGUUGCAUCCUUUGUGGAGUUGCGGAAGAAACGCUCGAACACGUCCUUUUUCAGUGCGCUUUUGCUGGCCGUGCUUGGAACUGGAUUGCUGGUAUUUUUGGUUUAGUUCCUAAUGCUAAUCUUGUGAUUUCUAUCAAGGAAGCUAAGGAGAGGAGUAAAAUGGUUCGUGAUAUGUGGCUUCUAGCUAAUUUUGUCAUCAGGUCAGAGCUAUGGGCAGUGCGUAACAGGGCUGUUUUUCAACACAAGAAAGCCAACUGGAGUUUGUUCUUCAAUCGAGUGCUGAAAUUAAUUCAAGAGUAUGCUGUGCGUCUCAAAGGCUUUGCUGGAGCUGGUGUGAUAACAAGAGAUGAGAACUGUGUAGUCCUUGGUGCAAUGUCUAUUAGCCUAGGAGUUACUACAAAUUAUUUGGCAGAAUUGUAUGGUAUUAUUGUGGGUUUAGAAUGGGCUGCAAGAUGGGGAGCUAGGCGCAUUUGUGUCCGUUCAGAUUCAGACAGUGUAGUGGAAGCUUUCAAGAAUUCAAAUCUCCCUUGGUUUUCAAAGCUUAGAUGGAUGGAAAUUUGUAAAUAUUAUGAUUCUAUAAGGUUCCUUCAUACGUUUAGAGAAGCGAACUUUUUAGCUGAUAAAUUGGCUAAACGUGGUUGUCUCCUAGCUAAUGAAGAGGGAACACAUUAUGAUGGAAAACCUCAAUUUUAA